AUGCCUUUCCCUCAGACGUUGGAAGCAAAGCCCAAGUGCAUCUUCUUCACCGAUUUUGAUGGCACAAUCACCCUUCAUGAUAGCAAUGACUGGAUGACCGACAAUCUUGGCUUUGGUGGGGACCGUCGCCGCCAGGGAAAUAAGGAAGUCCUGGAGGGAAAAGACACAUUUCGCGAUUCCUUCAGAGCCAUGAUGGACAGCGUCAAAACGCCUUUCCCUGACUGCAUCAAAGCACUUUGCGACAACAUCAAACUCGACCCAUACUUCAACGACUUCUACAAAUGGUCGAGAGAGAAUGGUGUCCCAGUCAUUGUCCUCUCUUCGGGCAUGACACCAAUCAUUCGAGCUCUUCUCGUUCAUCUGAUCGGACCAGAAGGUAAUGACAUUGAGAUCGUGAGCAAUGAGGUUGCGGAUAGGCCCCCAAAGAAAAUGGCAGAGGAAGCCGGCUGGCAAAUAAAGUUCCAUGAUGAAAGUGGCUUCGGUCACGACAAGUCUCUGACCAUUCGACCCUAUGCCAAGUAUUUCGAGGACAAUCCCAACGAGCCACGACCGACCAUGUUCUAUGCUGGAGAUGGAGUAUCAGAUCUAUCGGCAGCAAGGGAGACCGAUCUGCUAUUUGCCAAGAAGGGCCACGAUCUCAUCACAUACUGCGAGCGAGAAGGUGUUCCUUUCACGGUCUUCGAGGACUGGCAAUCAAUCCUCGCAACCACAAAGGCCAUAUUCGAAGGAAAGACCAGCGUCAAGGAGCUGGCAGCCGAAAGCGCAGAGAAAGCCAAUGAGAAGAACUAA